GCUCAGACACCGCCCGGGCCGCAACCACCUUCGCUCCUCGCCGCUGGCUCCGCGCCCCAGCCCGGUUCUGCGGCAGGCAGGAGGGGCCGCCGGGACGCGACUCCGGAGUUCGCGGCUGUCGCCAGGCCUCCCCCGAGCGGCGCCGACGCUCCGGCCGCCCAGACAAGCGACCCUGCGCCAGAGCCGCAGCCACCUGCUCCGAGUCCCCGGGCGAGGAUAACCAUGGGCCCCGCUCUGGCGCUCUCCCCGCUGCUGCUGCUGUUGCUGCUGCCGCCGCCGUCGCUCUCCGUGGAUAGCACAAUGAAGCCUGGCUCGUCUCCUACAAUCACACGCGCCGUUGCUACUACAAGUCCGAGCGGGCAAGACCCUCCGGCAACACCGGCUAGCACAGCAUCGACAAAAUCCGUAACGGGUGGCCCAGGGACAGCCACACUCUCUUCAACCCAGACAAACGCUGCUCCAUCAUCCAAAGGAAUAACAGUCCCAGACUCAUCUCCAGCUACUACGACUACAAUGCAAAAUACUACUGCAUUGUCCCCAGGCCCCACCGACAAUCAGCGUGGUGGCAGCGGUACUACUGUGGCAGCCACCAGUGGCCCCCAGCAGGACAAGACGGACACAGUCACACCUCCCAGUAGCAGUGGCCCCCCUGGUAGCAGUGGACCACCGGGCUCCUCUGGAGGCAGUGACAGUGCUACCACAGCCUCAUCAGCCCCUCAGGGGAGUGACCAGCUGACCACGGCAGCCUCCUUCCCGACUCUCGCCCCCUUAACUACUACCUCAGAGCGUCCUCCUGCUCCUGCCUCCACAACAGACAGUGCAGCCAGCCCUGGCCAGCCUAUGGCUACUCCUUCACAAAUCACAGACAGCCAUUUUGCCAGGGUUCCCAGCAGUCCCGGCCCCGUGGCCAGCUCUGACUUCCCCGUGACCCCAGGGAGACCUACCACACACACACCGCUGGACCCCUCCAAAGAGACUCCUCCCCCCGUCAGCAGCCAGAGGCCCGGCAUCUCUACAUUGCCUUUAUCCACAGCGCUACAGCCCACAGGGUCUCCAGGGGGGACUGCGAUCGUGCCUGCCACUGAGGAAUUCACACGUCCCAGCUCUGAUCUGACUCCAGCAGCCCCUCAAGGCCCCAGCACACCCUCUCCUACCUGGACUUUCAGGGAUUACAAGCUGAAGUGUGACUCUCCCGUAAGGCUAGACGAAGGACUACUAGUUCUGAAUUUCACAGGAGCCAGCCUAUGUGAAGGGAGCCCUCCGGAUGAAAAACUCGUGGAACUGCUGUGCCGUUCAGUCAAAGCCUCCUUCAAGCCCGCUCAAGACCGGUGCACUCUACAGGUGGCACCUAUUAUAAACGACCAGGGCGUGGCCGUGAAAAAAGUCAUCAUUGAGACUAAGCUGUCUCCUAAAGACGUGUUUGAGCUCCUGAAGGACAAGUGGGAUGACCUGAGAGAGGCGGGAGUCAGUCACAUGAUGCUGGGGAAGGAAGGACCACCAGAAGCCAACGAGGACCGCUUCAGCCUGCCACUCAUUAUCACCAUCGUCUGCAUGGCCUCCUUCCUGCUCCUCGUCGCUGCUCUCUAUGGCUGCUGUCACCAGCGCAUCUCCCAGAGGAAGGACCAGCAACGACUCACAGAGGAGCUGCAGACAGUAGAGAAUGGUUACCAUGACAACCCAACCUUGGAAGUGAUGGAGACCCCUUCAGAGAUGCAGGAGAAGAAGGUGGUCAACCUUAAUGGGGAGCUGGGGGACAGCUGGAUCGUCCCUCUGGACAACCUGACCAAGGAUGACCUAGAUGAGGAGGAAGACACACACCUCUGAUGAGUCUGCUGGCUCCCCAACAGCACUGCCGAGCUCCGAACCACCCGAAGUGCCAUUGGACGGGGGAAGCUUCCCACGGGAAGAGGGAAAGACUGGGGAGGGAGCAUGGACUCUGAGGGUUGCCUCCUCCCCAUCCCCACAGGGCCUUAAUUUUCCCUUUCAAAAGUCACAUUCUGUCCAGUU